GCGUCUAGCCUGUCAAUUCCUUCUCAGCCUUCUGUUCAGUCCACGUGGUGAAAUCUUCAAGUAAAGUAGGACAAUGUCUGGACGCGGUAAGGGAAAAGCAGCGGGCGCCAAAGCCGCCGGUAGCCAGCGGACCAAGUCAGCUAAGGCGGGUCUACAGUUCCCAGUCGGCCAUAUCAAGAGAUAUCUGUCCAAGGGCAAGUACGCGGAGCGGAUAGGAGCGCGCGCUCCCGUGUACCUGGCGGCCGUGCUGGAGUACCUCACCGCUGAAGUUUUGGAGCUGUCCGGUAAUGCGGCCAGAGACAACAAGAAGAGCAGGAUCAUACCCCGCCAUAUCCAGCUUGCGGUGAGAAACGACGAGGAGUUGAACCAGCUCAUGUCGGGAGGGACCAUCGCACAAGGCGGCGUGCUGCCAAACAUCCACAACCAGCUCCUGCCCAAGAAAACCGGGAAGAAAACCGCCGGCGAGUCCCACCCGUCUUCACAGUCACAGGAGUACUGAACUGGACAGUUCCCAACCAAAUAUUGAACGAAUUGACCAAACUGUUCUGACGCAAUAAUGUGAUGCAUCGUAGAGGAUUUCAGGAAAACAAUAACUAAAUAAGUAGGAAAACAAUUGUAUUUCAGGAAAUGUACAGACAUUUUUUGGAGACGAUUCAAUAGCGGAGCUUUCUAGCUUUAGAUGUUAAGUGGCCAAAACUGUUGCGACGCAAGUAAUGAGAUGCAUAAGUAGAGGAUAGUUAGCUCUUUCGCUAGAUGUACCGACAAUUUUGGCGACGCCUCAAUGGCUGAGCUUCAUAGCUUUAAAUGAAACGACCAAAACUGUUCUGACGCGUUCUUGUGAUAGGACAAGGGGGAAAUUGGUUUUAAUUUUGGCUGCUUUUCUAUUGAUACUGUGCAAUAUAUGCUUUUACUCAAAAUGAUAACCGAAAUUUCACCUGACUGAACAGAAGUGCAAUAUGUGGAAUUUAGGAAUAUAUGAUUUCUCAGAAAUAAUGAAGUUACAUUUAAAAAAGCCUGUAUGUUAGUUUGUAAAUGGCGUGAAGUUUGUAUUUUGUGUAAAUGGACUGUUAACUGUUUCUUAUAUUGUGAAGGCCUUGUAUGGAUGUAAAUGUGACAGUUGUAUAUUUUGAAUAAAUUUUCAUUUUAAUGAAAAAAAAA